GCACGGUACUGGUCGAUACUUUCAUGCUGUCCUAUUGGGCUGAGCAGGAGAGCUAAACGCCCUUAGGUUAGGCCAGCCUUCCCUACAGGCCAAGACACAUCAGACAGAGUGCCCUCAGCCCUCACAUCUUCCUUUUUACCGAACUCCCCGCACCCUCCCACACUCCACCACCUUUUUCACUUCCUUUCUUUCUUUCCCAAAUACUCCUCGUGUAAACCCAACCAACACAUAGGAGUAGAGCAGAGACAAGAGAAAAUAAAUAAAUAAAAAUCCAACCUAUCAUCAUCAUGUCUCAAGCGAACGACAUGGAGAAGAACAUCGAGAUCUGGAAGGUGAGUUCGCUGCUCCCAAUGGAUUUCACCAGCUGACACCCAAUGGCGAUUUAGAUCAAAAAACUGAUCAAACGUCUAACCGAAGCGCGCGGUAACGGCACCAGCAUGAUCUCUCUGAUCAUCCCGCCUAAGGAUCAAAUCUCUCGUGUGGGCAAGAUGUUGUCCGAUGAGUACGGCACCGCAUCCAACAUCAAAUCCCGUGUCAAUCGUCUCUCAGUUCUUUCGGCUAUUACUUCUACCCAGCAACGUCUCAAACUGUACAACAAGGUUCCGCCCAACGGGCUCGUCGUCUACUGUGGUGAAAUCAUCACAAGCGAGGGCAAAGAGCGUAAAAUCAAUAUUGACUUUGAGCCCUUCAAGCCAAUCAACACCUCUCUGUACCUCUGCGAUAACAAGUUCCAUACCGAGGCACUAUCGGAGCUCUUGGAGUCUGACUCUAAGUUUGGCUUUAUCGUGAUGGAUGGUGGCGGUGCUCUAUUCGGAACCCUGAGCGGAAACACCAGAGAAAUCAUCCACAAGUUCUCUGUCGCCCUCCCUAAGAAGCAUGGGCGCGGCGGUCAGUCCGCUUUGCGUUUCGCACGUCUCAGAGAGGAAAAACGUCACAAUUAUGUCCGUAAGGUGGCUGAAUUGGCCGUGCAAAACUUUAUCACCAAUGACAAGGUCAACGUUUCCGGGUUGAUUCUUGCCGGAUCCGCCGACUUCAAGACCGACCUUGCCCAAAGUGAACUCUUUGAUCAGCGCCUGCAAGUAAAGAUUAUCCAGGUUGUCGAUGUGUCCUACGGUGGUGAGAACGGGUUUAAUCAGGCUAUCGAGUUGGCGGGAGAGACUUUGAGCAACGUGAAAUUCGUUCAAGAAAAGAAGUUGAUCAACAAGUAUUUUGAGGAGUUAUCCCAGGAUACUGGAAAGGUUUGCUAUGGCAUCGAGGAUACCCUGAAGGCUAUGGAAUUGGGCGCCGCAGAGAGUAUUUAUCGCCGUAUCAACCGAUAAAAGAGUUGCUAAUAUUGGCUAUAGCUGUUAUCGUCUUUGAAAAUCUCGAUGUGACUCGCUGGGUUCUCAAGAAUUCCGAUGGGGGCCUUAUUACCCUCCACACCAAUAAGAUUCAAGAGCAAGAUCGCGGAAAAUUCAUGGACAAGGCCUCUGGGCAAGAAAUGGAGAUUGUUGAGCAAACAUCCUUCCUCGAGUGGUUGGCGGAGGGGUAUCAGGACUUUGGUGCUACACUAGAGUUCGUCUCUGAUCGCUCCGGCGAAGGCAACCAAUUUGUGAAGGGAUUUGGCGGAAUUGGGGCUUUGCUCAGGUACAAGGUUAACUUUGAGCAAUUGCAUGAACUCGAGGAUGAGGAUGAAUACUACGAUGGUAAAAAGGGGAGAUUCUGUCGUACAGGGUUAUUUGUGCUAACCGAUAUGCAGAAUGAUGGUUUUGUUGCCUCGCAAAGCAACGCGAGGACGGAUCUCCAGACACAGGUCUGAGGGCGUCCCGCCAGCAGUCUCGCCUCCGGAAUUACGGCGGAACUGCUUCGGGGGUGUUGGUGGGGUGUGCAUGGGUUUUUGCGGAAUUGUGUUAAACGUCUGUUAAGCCUUGUCAAUCCAAGGUAUCGCUGUGAGUCUCUUCUGCCUGUAUUUUAGACCUUUUGCUGACAGUUGACCCUCGGUGUUUAGGGAGCAAAUGUGUCUGGGAAUAAAAUAGUGGAACUCACCUCUUGUUCUCAAGCUUCUUUGUUUCAUUUUGUUUUUAGUUAAACUGUCGCUCCCGAAUUGAAUCAACCCUAAAAUUGC